GGACACAUUUUGAUGUUACUUACACAGUAAAAGGAAAACAACAAUCAGAGCGGAGCUGCCGUAUUUCAUAUCAGACCUUCGUAAACGCUUUUUAACAGAUCUUUAUAUCGUAAAAUCAAGGUCCGAAGAGCGAUUUUAAGCUUGCAGAGUUAUGGGCCGUUGUCAUAUUCACUGUCGUUCAUUAUCGCGUAAGAAAAUCUAGAUAUCAAGCUGGUUCAGCUGUCAUUUGGAUUGGUUCCUCAUCAACGUAGCGCAACAUGACAGGUUUUCGGUCUCAGAUCAGCUAGCAGACAGACCCAGUGAGACGUAGUUUAAAUUUGAUCAAAGUGUCAGGAUUUCGCAAUCCAGUGUGUUGUCAGGAUGCCUGGUAUGGUUGUGUUUGGACGCCGAUGGCGGAUCGCCAGCGAUGAUCUUGUGUUUCCUGGUGCUUUCGAGUUGUUCAUUAGAGCUGUCUGGUGGAUCGGGACUCUAGUUCUGUACAUCAACCAUAAGGGACGGUUUGACUGUCAAGGUGGUGCGGUUUUGCAUAACUACCUUGUUGUUCUUCUUGUUCUUCUAGCUAUCAUCAUCUUUACACUAUGUGCUAUUGUUUACAUAAGUGCGCAAGGAACCAUAAUGAAUCCAGGGCCCCGACGCUCUAUGCUAGCCCUGGUGUAUCUCCGCGCUGCCCUGUACAUCCCUGAGCUUGUAUGGGCCUGUUUGGGAACCGUGUGGGUCUCCGACAACAGCACGGGAUGUGAACCAGCAGAGGUUGGAGCUGUGAUUGGGGCUGUGAUUUCCAGCUGGGUCAUUCUUCUCUCUAUGGCGGUGGGCGUGCUCAUAGUGUUCGACCCUCUGGGCAGUGAGAAGCCGGCUGCAUUGCACAGUCAUUCAGGACUGAGAGACCUAGAGAGCAGUGAAUCCUCACAGCUCUUUUACCGUGCACGCACGAUGGCUACGCGGGUGUGGGAGAGUCGGCUACGAUUGCUCUGCUGUUGUCUGCCUCAGGAUGACAACCAUCGUGCAGCAUUCUCUAGCAUCGCCCAGCUUGUCAGCAGCUUUUUCAUUGAUACAGACCUGGUACCCAGUGACAUUGCUGCUGGCUUGGCCCUUCUACACCAGGAACAGGAUAAAAUGGAGCACUGUCGAGACCCUGAGGAGGUUCUGACCCACAGCCCCUCCUCCCCCUUAAGAGAAGAUCUGGAGGUAGAGCUUGAGAAAGCUGCUCAUUGUAUGCAGUUUGCUGUAGCUGCAUAUGGAUGGCCAAUGUACGUCUACUCAAACCCCCUCACUGGACUCUGCAAACUUAGUGGAGAUUGUUGUCGAAACCGCAAUGCAGAGCACGACCUGGUGGGAGGAGACAACCUCGGCUGCCAUUUUACCUCUAUCUUACAGAGCACAGGGCUGCACUACAGAGACUUCAUCCAUGUCAGCUGUCAUAAUCAGAUCUAUGAAAUACCAUUUUUCGUGGCAUUAGAUCAUAAAAGAGAGGCAGUCCUGGUUGCUGUAAGGGGCACUCUGUCACUUAAGGAUGUGUUGACAGACCUCUCAGCUGAAUGUGAAAAUCUCUCUAUUGAAGGGGUUUCAGGAACCUGCUAUGCUCAUAAGGGCAUCUCUCAAGCUGCAAACUACAUCUACAAGAAACUAGUCAAUGAUGGGAUUUUGAGCCAGGCGUUUAACAUUGCACCUGAAUAUAAGCUUGUCAUCACAGGACACAGUCUCGGGGCAGGUACAGCUUCUUUGCUGGCUGUGCUUUUACGCAGUACACACCCCACCCUUGAGUGCUAUGCUUUCUCACCACCAGGGGGCCUCAUGAGUAAAGCACUGGCCGAAUAUUCAAAGCAGUUUGUCAUCUCAGUGGUGCUUGGAAAAGAUCUUGUUCCCAGGUUGAGUAUUCCAAACAUGGAAGACUUGAAAAGACGAAUAUUAAAAAUGGUGUCUAAUUGUAGUAAACCAAAGUACAAGAUAUUGAUGCAUGGCUGCUGGUACGAGCUGUUUGGAGGAACCCCUGAUGAUUUCCCUACGGAGUUGGAGAACCGUCGGGAAGAAGUGUUAAAUCAGCCGUUGCUAGGUGAGGAGAGUCUGUUAGUACGGCGCUCAUCUACCUAUCAGAGUCUUUCAUCGGAUGAUUCGCCGACCCACCCCACCCACUUACCCCUAUACCUGCCUGGCCGCAUCAUGUAUAUUACAGAGGAGGGUCCUACGCGUAGACACUGUUUUUCUCAGGUGAGGUAUCGUGCUGAGUGGUCCAGUGAGAUGGCGUUCCGAAAUGUUCUGAUCAGCCCGAGGAUGAUCGCUGAUCACAUGCCUGAUGUUGUUCUCCGGGCACUGCAAAGUCUCACCCGUGACCGCCCAUUUGCCCUCUGCCCAUCUUCCAUGAGCAACAGCCACCUGAAUGUCAUUUGAGCUCUGAGGGGUCUUAUCUUUAAACUGACUGUGGUACUAUAAGUACAAGCUGACUUUGGGAUCGUGACUGUGUUGGACUCCUCCCUCAGUCAUUUUAUUUAGAGCGGUUUAGCUCUUAUGUAUUUAUUUAUUUUGCGGUUAAUGUUAUUGUCUGCUUUUAAUGGGAACAUUAUUUGAAAUGCUGUCAUGCCCAACUAUAAGAACUUUUCGGAUUGUUUGAAUGGUUUAAGGUGGGCAGUAAGGAUUUGAGAAGGAAAACCUCAGUAUUGCUUGUCAUGGUUGUGUGCAUUGUUUGUGAUGUCUCUUCGACCCAUUAGAGUUGGAUUAUAUCUAGCCAAAAGUGACAUGGGGUGUUAAAGACUUUGAUUGUAGAUUACUGAGAACUACAUCUCCAAUGUGAGAUUUUGAUGCAUGACACAAGAUGCAUAAAAUAUUUGAAGAA